GCUGCUUCAUCUUCUUUCUCUUUGCAGAGAUGAGAGCUAAACAGUGAUCAAACCCAUCACCAUUGAAUCCUCGAAAUGCCCUCUUCGUCUUUCCAAAUUUUAGCAAGAAAAAUAUGGGUGUUGGAGGGCACUUCUGGGAUUUACUCAAACCCUACGCUCGAACAGAAGGCUUCGAUUUCCUGAGAAACAAACGGGUCGCUGUGGAUCUUUCGUAUUGGAUCGUUCAACACGAAACUGCUAUCAAAUCCUACACUCGAAAUCCCCACAUCAGACUCACAUUCUUUCGUGCCACCAAUCUCGUCUCCAAGUCUCAGGCCAGGAUUGCGCGGUUCUUCCGAGCAUCAGGUGUUGAAGUAGAGAGUUUGCCUGUGGCAGAGGAGGGCGUUUCUGUCGAGAGGAACCGGGCAUUUUUAAAAUGCGUACAAGAAUGUGUGGAACUUCUUGAACAUCUUGGGAUACCUGUUCUGAAAGCAAGAGGAGAGGCUGAAGCACUUUGUGCCCAGUUAAAUAGAGAAGGUCAGGUAGAUGCUUGUAUUACUGCCGACAGUGAUGCAUUCCUCUUUGGGGCUGAAUGUGUGGUAAAGCACAUUCGGCCCAACUCCAAAGAACCAUUAGAAUGUUAUUAUAUGUCAGACAUUGAAGCUGGUCUUGGGCUGAAGAGAAAACACUUGAUAGCCAUUUCUCUUUUGGUUGGAAAUGACCAUGAUUUAAAUGGUGUGCAAGGUAUUGGGCUUGAUACAGCUCUACGUUUUGUUAAAUCCUUCAGUGAAGAUGAUAUUUUGAAUAGAUUGCAGGAGAUAGGAAAAGGAGAUGUGUUGCAGUUCCAGGAUGAUAUCAUAUCUGUUGGUGAUUAUAUUCCCAGUUCAGAUGAAACCUCACCAAAGAGAAAACUCUCUCAUUGUUCCCUCUGUGGGCAUCCAGGCAGCAAGAGAGCUCAUCUCAGUUUGGCUUGUGAAUAUUGCUGUUCCACUACUACUGAGGGCUGCAUGCAAAAACCAGCGGGGUUCAAGUGUGGCUGCUCCUUGUGUGAUUUGGACAGGAAAGAAAAGGAACGGAGGAAGAAUGAGAAUUGGCAGAUGAAAGUUUGUAAUAAAAUCGCGAUGGAGCAGAAUUUCCCAAAUGAUAAGAUCAUUGAAAUAUAUAUGAGCAAAAAGCAAGGGGAUUUUUCUGCAGCAGAUGACGUCCCUAAUAUAGGGUGGGAAUGCCCAAAAACUGAGAUGUUAAUUGACUAUUUAUCUUAUCAUCUGAACUGGGAGCCGUCAUACAUACGACAAAGGAUGCUUCCUGUGUUGUCCACCAUUUACUUAAGAGAAAUGGCCUCAAAUUCAUCAAAAGAUUUAUUGAAUGGACAAUAUGAAUUUCAUUCUAUUCAGAAUGUGAAGAUACGAUUUGGGCAUCAAUUUUACGUUGUUAAUUGGAGGAAAUCUGCACGGGCAAUGGACAAUGCUAAGUAUACAAUCCCUUCUGAAGUGUCUAAUGUAGAACAGGAGUGUGAGGAACUUGAUGAAUCCACUGAUGUAUUGGAUGAGCCAGAUGUGCCGCAGAUACACAUUGAUGAUGGAUGCUGGUUCUUGUUGACUGAUGAAAAUAUGGAGCUUGUUCAGGCUGCUUUUCCAGAAAAAGUCAACCAAUUUUUACGUGCGAAGGAACUUAAAGAAACAAAAUCAAGACGAAAGAGAUCAAGCGUGAGAUCUGAAGUAACCUCUGAUAAUUCAGAAUCGCCAACAUCAAGAAGUGUGCAGCUCAGUAUAACUGAAUUUUAUCGAUCGUCGAAAGUAUUGUGCCAAGUGAAGCCUGGAGAUAAUUCAGCUGAGGAUUCAAAGAAUAAUAUUGAUUCUUCUAUUGAAAGGUCUGAAGUGUCAAACCAGAAAUUGUCAAAAUCUGCUAGGCGUCGCCUUUUGUUCAAAUAAGCAUGUAAAAUGCUCUGGUCCUGUGCCACUUUUUGUUCAAAAGAAAACCUCAAUUUAUGUAGUUUUUUUAGUUUGGUAGUAUUUAUAAUCAAUUAGUGAGUCGUAGUUUCGUCCUGUGCCUUGUUUUGUUUUUCUUUUUGAUCUAUUUGUAAUAUAUGUAUUUACUUUCUCUAUAUAAAUCUGUAAAUCCUUGCCUCCAUUGUGUUUUG